AUGAACUCUCUUCUCUCUCUCGGAGGAUGGUCAAUAAUCCCAGACCUCGCAACCCGCUACACCCUCUCCUUCAUCUACCAAACACCCCUCCUCCACCGCCUCCUCCGUCUCAAACCCUCCAACCCUGGCACACCCCGAUACCGCAAACACUACGGUACAACCUUCGCCCUCGUCGUCCUCGGCUACCUCCUCUACACCCUCAUCCAACAAGCCAAAUCCAUGCCCCCAAACUUUUACCAAAUCCUCAACGUACCCAACACCGUCGACGACGCAGGACUGAAGGUCGCGUUUAGGCAGUUUGCAAAGAGGAACCAUCCGGAUCGGCCGGGGGUCGGUGUGAAAGGCGAGGCGCUGUUUAUUUUUGUGAGGGAUGUGUAUGAGGCGUUGAAGGACCCCGCGGUGAGGUUUGCGUAUGAUCGGUUUGGACCCGAGGUGCUUGGAUGGAGGGCGACGUGUAGCACCCAUAGGGAAUUCUUGAGGCAGGGGUUGUUGGCUUCCUCUGGGUACCACAUCGUCGCCUUUUUGGUAUUGCUGUUUUGGUCGGCGGUUGGACAACCAAGUCCUAUCUCCUUUUGGAGAUACAUCCUCUUCGCCGCCCUCCUCGCCGCCGAACUCUUACUUAUCCUCUCGCCCACACCAACAUCCACGCUCUCCCGGCACACCACCAUCCUCCACCUCAUCUUCCCACACAGAGUGGCCUACCAACACAUCCUCUUCCUGCACCAAUUCUUCAUGUUCAUGAGCGUCGCAUUGACAAGGGUCGCACCGCACCUAAUCCCAUACGACGAAUACGCAGAUCCACGCGUCGAACAGGCCUUGCUCGAACGAACAGUGCAAUUAGUAGCCGUCGCCGACCGUGAAGCCUCCAAACUCCUUCACACAGAACUCCAAUCCAUCGCCUCCCCUUCCCCACCAUCCCUCGCCUCAACAGCUACACCCCGCCACCCAAGCUUUGCACGCAUGGAACCCAUCUCACCAAACACCGCCUCCUCACUCAUGCAAACCCUCCAACCCGAGAUGGAACAGCUCGUUAUAGAAGCGAAUCUAAAACGACAAGAAGGUCCUCUGAAGAGCGCGUGGGAUGCGGCUGUCGCUAGGGCCUUUAAGACGUUCGGGAGGAGGGCUGGGCGGUCACGGGAGGCAACAGAGUCCACUGGGGAACCAGAACAAGAAAGGAUAGUAGAGAAUGACGAUGUAGAUGAAGACGAAGAGGAAGAUGAUUCACGACAACGAACACCGCGAGCAUCAAGAGAAACCACUCCAACCGCUCCCUCUCCCCGCCCGCACCACCUCACACCAAACCUGCACAGGUACCACACCCCCGACCCUCCCUCCUCGCCCAACGGCCGUCUCUCCGUUCCUUCCAAUUCGGCAUCCGCAUCACCUCGACCACCACACUCCCCAAUCAAAAUCAAACAAGAAGACGAGGACGAAACUCAUAUUCUGGGGAAUAGCAGCUACUUUAUGGUAUCCGGAUCUCCUCGUUCCCAGCAUUACCACUCUACAGACGGGUAUCGGGAAAGCGCACCACCGGGCACAUCACCCGUCCCCAGCUCAAUAACACACGCACAAACCAAACCCACAGCACCACGCACACCAGGCGACCUCCCCUCCCCCCGUCCCUCACCUUCCCCGCCCCCUCAAGGCCGCUCACCAACAGUCAAACCCUACCAACCCGCCUUCGCAUUCGGUUCACCACCGACAAACGGCGGUGGUGCAAGGCACACGAGCGGGUCGCCUGCUGCUCGACAUACCCCGCCUAAUACGAAUGGUAGAAUGCAGCCCGUGUAUACAUCCCCAUCUCCACCUGCCCAUGUGUAUAAUCAGCUGGGACAUCCAGGAGGAGGAGCAGGCGCGUACAGAUCCUUCGCGUUCCCGUCUGCGCGGGGGUACUUUGCGAAAGGAACUGCCAACGAGGAAGUUUUCGUGGAUGGCGAAGAAGGCGAGGAGGAGCUCAGGAGGAGGGAGUAUAUCCGUGCUAGGAGUCUGAGUUGUUGA